AUGUGGUACACGUGGAAAACGCCGCUCCCUCACAAAUAUCCAUCCGUUAAAAAGGAGCUGCUAGAUGGAGAUAGAAUCAACAACCUUAUUGCCGUCCAAUUGGCCAAAAACCCGAAAGACGAAGAGAAGUCGAUCCGAAAAAAGGCCGUCAGUUGCUUCUACGAAAUUCGGGCGACGCUGAAUCGAGUCGUCUGCAAAUUAUGCGGUUAUCUGCUCUUCAAGAUUUUCCGACGUCUGAUGACACGACUGCUCGUCAACCCGGCACAGAUGAAGGAAUUGCAGGAUGCGGAAAAGACUGGCAUUCCCCUCGUCUACUUGCCCCUCCACCGUUCCCACCUCGACUACCUCAUGAUCACGUGGAAUUCGUGGCAUUGGGGCUUGCAGCUGCCACAUAUUGCCUCUGGCGACAAUCUGAAUCUCAGCGGAUUCGGUUGGCUUCUCCGCUCGACGGGUGCCUUCUUCAUUCGACGACGUCUCGAUGAUAAUGACGCGAGUGGAAAGGAUGAUAUUUACAGAUAUAUCCUUCGUGCUUACAUCGAAGACGUGUUGGGCAAGAAACUGGCGAUCGAAUUCUUCCUCGAGGGGACGAGGAAUCGAUUCGGAAAGGCGCUGCUCCCGAAGAAUGGUCUCAUCUCGAAUGUCGUGGAGGCCGUCCAGAGGGGUACGCUGCAAGACGUCUACCUGGUCCCCGUCUCGUACUCCUACGAUCAGGUACCCGAAGGCGUGUUCCUCAACGAGCUGAUGGGCAACACCAAGCAGCGCGAGAGCAUUUUUGGCGUCUUUAGAGCCAUCUGGAAGGGCUUUGGCGUGUCGCAGCGCUGCGGGGCCGUCAGGAUGCACUACGGCAAGCCGGUGUUGCUAUCGGACUACCUCCGUUCUCUCGCCGAUUGUUCAGCCAUUCGCUCGGCCCACCCUCCGAAACAGCUCACCCGUCUUCCGCAGAGCUACUCUUAUCGUGAACUGGUCCCCUGGACGUCUUCCCAAUCAUCAGCCGAAUACAACCGGGCCCUCAUCCGCUCCAUCGGCUUCCACGUGGUGUACGAAGCCCAAGACAUUUGCUCGACAUCGGCUGUCUCGAUCGUGGCCUCCCUUCUGCUGUCAAAGUAUCGAAACGGAGUGCCGAGAAGCCAACUGGCCGAUGAUUGUCUCUGGCUGACGCAGCGGAUUCUCGCUAACGGAGGAGAUGUGAUCGGCUGGCGAUCUGGUACGUCAACUGGCGAAUUGCUGCUCCAGGAAGCGCUCCAAUAUUUGGAGGCAUCGGUCAAUGUCGCUGGAAAUCAGAUCUCGAUAAUCCGCACGCAUCGUCAACUGAUCCAUCUGGCAUACGCGAAGAAUGGUCUCCUCUUCCGCUUCUCCCUUCAAGCAGCCCUGGCUCUGGUACUAACUUCUCACGACCCCUCACAGCCGAUCCCCUAUUAUGGAGUGAUUGAGAAGGCGCUAUUGCUGUGUGAUUGGAUGCAGAAUGAAGUCAUGUUUGCAAAGCCCUGUGAGAGCCUACGAAAGCGCCUAAUGACAACGCUGGGCCGAGAGGGAAUGUCUUGCCCAUUCUCUGGAACAAUCACUAUCGACGAGGAUGAAGCCGAAAUGGGCGGUGGUGAUGUUCCGGCUAAAAUUAGAAUCUCGACCCCUCGCCAUGCCGACGAGCUGAUGUUCUACUCAAAUUUCCUGCGCCCUUUCGCCCAGACGUUGUACAUCGUACUCCAACGGCUUACGGUAACGAAGGAGCCGAUUAGAGAAAUCGACUUCACCCGUCAGCUAAUCCAGCGCACGCUCGCCCGACCCGCCUACGAUUUCCCAUUUGAGCUGAUGGUGGAGGCGAUCAACUCGGACUCGAUCAAGAAUUGUCUCCGAACCAUGCGCGUACACGAGCUCAUCCCAAAAGAAGGCCAACUGAUCUCGGUGCUUCAGCCAGAAGCCCUCACCGAAGCCCUCACAUUCAUCCAAUCUCUCCUCAAAGUGCACUUACAAGGAAAA